AUGAAAAACUUUCUUGUUACGAAUAUCAGGGCAUUCUUCGAUACCGUUGACGAGGGGAACGUGAGGACCAUUGAUUCGGUCGAGCCACUGGACUCCGACGAGGAGCUUGAGUUGGAGGACGAGGAGGAUGAGGCUGACACCGAGGAGGCUGUAGAAGGGGCAGAUGAAGAAGAGAGGGAUGACGAGGAGCAGGAGUCCGAGGGUGAAGUGCAGGCGUCGCGCCAGGGUUCGUCCAGGGAUAUUGGGGGGGGUGGAGAAGGCUCCGAGCACAGCUCUGCUGUAGAGAUCCAGGAAAGGAUGGAGGGAGUGGUGGUUGGCGCCCGACGGGAUGCUCGUGCGACGCUGGAGAAUGCACGGAUUGAGGAAGUGACCUACACCCGUAGAGUACGUUUGCCACAACAACCUCUUGGAGACGAAGAGGCUGGCAGGUUGCGCGUGCAGGAGUGCGCACGCAUGGAGGUCUCUGAGGCUGAAUCCAGUUACCGGAAAGCAAGGUUGCCUAGGGUCCGGAAGCGAACGUUGGAAGCACAGGAGAUGCGGGGAGAGGGAGCGGCAAAAGAGAAUGCGCGUAAGGUAGAGAUGCAAAGCAAUGCUGUAGAGGAAUCGCCGGAAGAGAGGGCGGCCGCAGAGGAGAAGCGUGUGGAAGAGGAGGCAAGGACAGAGGCCGAGGAGAAGGCACGGAAGGAGAGGGAAGCGGCAGAGGCGAAGCGUGUGGAAGAGGAUGCACGGAGGGUGACCAAGGAUAAGGCGCGAAAAGAGAGGGAAGCGGCAGAGGCGAAGCGUGUGGAAGAGGAGGCACGGAGGGUGGCCAAGGAGAAGGCGCGGAAAGAGAGGGAAGCGGCAGAGGCGAAACGUGUGGAAGAGGAGGCGAGGAGGGUGGCCGAGGAGGUGGCGCGGAAAGAGAGGGAAGCGGCAGAGGCGAAGCGUGUGGAAGAGGAGGCGAGGAGGGAGGCCGAGGAGAAGGCGCGGAAGGAGAGGGAAGCGGUAGAGGCGAAGCGUGUGGAAGAGGAGGCAAGGAGGGAGGCCGAGGAGAAGGCGCGGAAGGAGAGGAAAGUGACAGAGGCGAAGCGUGUGGAAGAGGAGGCACGGAGGGCGCGGAAAGAGAGGGAAGCAGCAGAGGCGAAGCGUGUGGAAGAGGAGGCGAUGAGGGAGGCCGAGGAGAAGGCGCGGAAAGAGAGGGAAGCGGCAGAGGCGAAGCGUGUGGAAGAGGAGGCGAGGAGAGAGGCCGAGGAGAAGGCGCGAAAGAAGAGGGAAGCGGCAGAGGCGAAGCGUGUGGAAGAGGAGGCGAUGAGGGAGGCCGAGGAGAAGGCGCGGAAAGAGAGGGAAGCAGCAGAGGCAAAGCGUGUGGAAGAGGAGGCGAUGAGGGAGGCCGAGGAGAAGGCGCGGAAGGAGAGGGAAGCGGCAGAGGCGAAGCGUGUGGAAGAGGAAGCGAGGAGGGAGGCCGAGGAGAAGGCGCGGAAAGAGAGGGAAGCGCCAGAGGCGAAGCGUGUGGAAGAGGAGGCGUGGAGAGAGGCCGACGAGAAGGCGCGGAAGGGGAGGGAAGCGGCAGAGGCGAAGCGUUAG